AUGGGUGCUCGUAGAAUUCAUUUCUUGCAAGAUUUGUCAGCCAAACUCAACACCUUGACACUGGCUUCCGAUGUUCGUUCUACUAAGGCACCUGAAGGUGAUGGCACUGGCGCAUCGGGUUCAUCCCACACGGCUGGAGGAUCCUCAUACAAGACUAUGUGGACAAUGCGGUGUCAAGUGCUUUGUGUCUCUGGAACUCUUUUCCUACUAUUUACCUUUGGAUUCACAUAUUUGGUCUUUGCUACUGAGCAAUUCGAAACUUCGGCCCCUUCGACAGAAUCAUCGUCUACUACAACACAAAAUGACGAUUUGUCAACUCCGCCUAUAGAGGCUCAGAAUUCUGUAGAUUCUGUAGAUGGUUCUUUACCUUCUCAAUCACUAAAACCUCCACCAUCAGAAGGUGUUUUGUUAUACAAUCGGGCUCAACGUCUACUUAAUCAUGUUCAGGCUCAUUCAACACCUAUUCCUCCUCGAAUAUCUCUUCAACCCUCAGCUUCAUUCCUUUCUCCUUCAUCUUACGCCCCUCUACUGGACCGGGCCUCAUGGCUCAACCGUGGUAUAUUCUCUUACCUUAUCAAGCUCGUCCGUCAAGAAAAACCUUCAACAUCAUCCGAUGAUACAGAUGAUUCAAGAUCUGAAAGAAAAAGAAACGGAUUAGUCAACUUUUUGUUACUUCCACGACGGAUCUUUGAUAAGUUUGGAAGAACAUCAGAACGGAUUACUAAAGGUGGUCGAAAGAAUGGUAGCGCCAAGGUUUUAGGUCAAAGAGAUGCUGAAGAGGCUACUUAUCGAGCGGCUGAACUUCUCGAGAGAGCUACGUAUGAGCAUGGAAAUCCUGAUGCUGGUCUAGCGUUAGGUAAUUUAUGGCUCUGGGGUGGUACUCCUCCUGGUCUCAUUAAGCGAAAUGCUACAAAAGCUAUGCAAGCCUAUAAAUGGGUUGCCGAUCUUACUGGAAAUGCUACUGCUCAGGCAAAUCUGGCGUUUCUUUACGCAACAGGUUAUGGUGGCGCGUUAGGAAAUGAGCUGGUCAAUACUGGUGAUCAGAGUACUGCACUUUUGUAUUACACUUUUGCUGCGCUGGGCGGUGAUUAUGCAGCAGAGAUGUCUCUAGGGUAUCGUCAUUGGACUGGAAUUGGCACUAAACAGAGCUGUAGUGAUGCGUUACCCUUCUACAAGAGUGCGGCCACUAAAGCUAUGAAAACGUUCAAUUCGGGCCCACCCGGUGGUCAUCAUAUGCCACCUCUCAAGGUUCGGCUAUCUGAUCGCGACGGUGGGGUUUAUGGACCUGGUGCUUCUGUGGCUUCGACUGGUACCAAUCGACACCAACACUCACCUCAACAUCCAGCCACAGUUCAAGAGUGGAAUGACGUUUUGGAAUUCUAUCAGUUUCAUGCUGAGAGAGGGGACGCUACGUUUAUGUUUCGGCUUGGUCGAAUUUAUUAUUACGGGUUUGGAACUGCUGGAGAUGAUAUCAAAGAUUUUGCAGUGACCAAUGGUCGUAAUUUUCGAAAAGCUCUAAUGUGGUUCAAUCGAAUUGCAAGGACAGUAUGGCCUAGGGAUCCUGAAGCCGCUACUUCUCCUACCGGUCAAUCAUUCCAGAAUUCACAAGGACAUUGGCAAACACCUGUGAUAGGAGCCUAUGACGCAUCAAAAGAUGUGAAGUUGAAGGUUGAUGAGCAUCAAGCUAUGGCUGCUGGAUUGGCCGCUGGGUUCUUAGGACGACUUUACCUGAGAGGAGAAGGAGUUCCGCGUAACAAUGCUAAAGCGUUCUUAUGGUUUAGUCGUGGUGAAGUUCAAGGUGAUAGAGAAUCUCACAACGGGUUGGGGCUCAUGUAUCAGGACGGAUUGGGCGUGCAGGAAGACAUUGACAAGGCUGUGGAUUACUUUCAGACAGCCGCAAAUGCAGAGCUUGCCGAUGCACAUGUCAACCUUGGGAAAUACUAUAUGGGAGUGGAUGAUUACGUCAGCGCCGUGUCUUUUUUCGACUCAGCCAUCAAACAUGGCGAUAGUUUUCAAUCAUACUUUUACCUAGCUGAGAUCAAUUCGGAACAAAUCGGACGUGCUGAUUUAUGUCCGAUAGCUGUAGCAUUUUAUAAACGUGUGGCCGAGCGAGGAGAUUGGUUUCAAGAAGUUUAUUGGAAAGCUGAAAAGGCAUGGGCAGAUGGAGAUGAAGCUACUGCUUUAUUGGGUUAUUGGAUGACAGCUGAACGUGGAUAUGAAGUGGCUCAGAAUAAUAUGGCAUAUAUUUUGGAUCGUCAUAAACGUCGAAUCCAAUUACCUAUUGAACAAUACUCUAGUAAUUCGACCGAUCGUCUUGCUCUUACCUACUGGACUCGAUCGGCUGCACAAGAUAACAUUGAUGCGUUAGUCAAGAUGGGUGAUUAUUAUUUGUCAGGUUAUGGUUCAUUAUCUGGGAUCCCACAACCCGAGAAAGCGGCUGCAUGUUAUCAAACUGCGACAAAUACUCAUUUGAGUGCUAUGUCAAUGUGGAAUUUAGGAUGGAUGCACGAGAAUGGGAUCGGAGUUUCACAAGAUUAUCAUUUGGCGAAACGAUUUUAUGAUUUAGCUCUCGAGACUAAUACAGAGGCUUCUUUGCCAGUCACACUGUCAUUAAUCAAACUUUACGCUCGUUCAUUGUGGGGUUAUGUGGUACAUGGCAAUUCAAAACACCUUUCGCUCUUUACGUAUUCGAAUGAAGAUGCGGCUAAAUCUGGCUGGUGGUCUUUACGUAAGGUACGGGAUGAGAUUACAAGUAGAUGGUUUGGGAUCGCACCACCUGCAGGAGCUAAUCAAGAUGGAGGACCACCACGCACUGCGAAUGGUGAUAUGCCAAUGUCAGAUGCUGAAGCUGCUGCAUUCGAUGUUACUGCUGCUCAGCGUGCAUUGCAACAGGAUGAUGAUCCUGUAGAAUGGGCCAGGAAUGCACGUGAUCGAGAGAGACUGCAGACAGAAGAAGGGGAUGAUGAUGAUUUGUUUUUGGCUGGUGAGGGUGGUGACGAUUUCAUUGAAACGAUUGGUAUCCUUUUCCUGUGUCUUGGUGUUGGCGCGUUUAUCUUUCUACGGCAGCAACGAGAACAAGCGAACGCGAGGGCCGAAACUGAACGUCAAGCUACUGAAGUACCAGAAGCAGUUGUGAAUGCAGCACCUACUCCCACCACUACGAUUACUGACAACACAAACACAUCAACAACAUUUACUUCUGGGACUAACUUGGAAGCUUCUACAACACUCAAUCCUGCCAGUCAAAAUGAUUCAAAUAAUUUGAUUACUCGUAGACGCACAAACGAAGCUGGUUCGACAUCUGAUAAUGAUGAAACCAAUACACGAAAUGAGUAAGAUUUUUUUUGGAAGUGGAUGUAGUUUGUUGAGUAAGAUGUAAUUAUAGCAAUAUAGCCCCUUGAUCUACACUGUCGUAGAAGAAGAAAAAAUAUGGUGCAAAAAGCAAAGUUUAUGCAUUUUGAUUUUAAUUUUGAGUAGCUGUUUUGAAAGGUGUAGCGGGUCCCUCGACUUCAGAAACUUUCAUCGUGGAC